UUUCUGAACCACCAUGCCAUGAUGCCGCACCUCAGAGACCGUGAGCAGCGAACUGCCACCAGCCAUAGGCCCCUACUAUCUCUCCCCAAAUACCAUGACAAAGACGAAAAAUACGGAAAACGACAACAGCAACAGCCAUGGCAUCGUGUUCCACUCUCGGUUGGCCGCUUUCGAUUCCAGCUCUGGCUCCCCAACAUUAGAAUAAUACACACGCGACUCGGCCGAAAACGCGGGAUCUUGGCUUUCGUGCUUACUUUGCUCCUGGCCGGUUUUGCAUUAUUCGCACUCGGAAAGCGUUUCGCCAGCAAGCACAAGAGCUGGCCCGGCACCGACAGUCCAACGCUUGUUUUCAAACGGGAGAGCUUAGCAAGGGUCUGGCUCUGGGAAAUUGCGAGCGGACAUCAUCCAAGCUAUCGAACGGCCCCACCGAAACUCGGUCUUAAGACUAUAACUAACCCAGCAGUACCCCCUCAUCCUGCCUCAGUCAGCCGUUUCAAGCCUUCCGCCAGCGGGGUAGGGCCUAAACGCAUGUACAUCAAUUUACAUGCCUCGAUCCCAAAUGUUGCGUAUCCACCACGCCCUAUACCUGGGUCUAUUGCCGAUUUGGACAUCAUAAUAGAGAAAUGUGACUUCGGAGAAGGAAAGUAUGUCCGCGACUGCUUGGAGUUUUUGCGCGUUUCCGGUGGCCUUGAUAACGGUGAUCGCGUCAGACGUGGCGAUCUGGAGAGCUACAAAUAUAUUUUUACAGAAGACGCGGCCUCAGCACAUAAUUACAUCCCGUCGUUGGACAGCCUCACGCCUGCUGGACGGAAGGGCAUCAUUCGGAGUGAACACGAAGCCUACCUUGAUGAGGGUUUUGCUCAGAGCCGCCAUACUGAUUCGGAACCUCCGAUUUCCCUGCCUCCGCUUGCCCCGCUUUUCCGCUAUUCUCCCGAAAACCAUGUUUGUGACCCGGAGGACCCUAGAAUAUUUCACAUUUAUUGGACUGGGCCAUUUACUGACAAACCGUACUUCGCAAUCCUCAGUUUCCUAUUCACACAAAACACCCAGCUUCACGUUGCCGGCGAAGUAGACGCAAACCAUUGUCCACCGCAACUUUGGGUGUGGAUCAAUCUGGGGCCCGCUGCCGCCGUUGGUGAAUCCGCUACCCGCGAUCUAGUCGCGGAGCUCAAAUCCAACGUCUGGGCGGCGCCGUUUCUCCACCCUCGUUUCAAACACGUAAUCCACUUCAAACUGUGGAAUACGGCGGAGCAGCUCGACAGCCUUCCAGAGACCAGCGAAUGGCGCUCCAAGAAGACGAUUUUCAAGAGUGGCGGCCAUAUACUAUCCACAAAUGGCGACCAAGACCAUAACGCGAAUCUCACCGGAUCUUUGUCUCCGACUUUGUACGACAAGCUUAGUGUGAUCAUGAGUGACAUGGCUCGAUUCAUCCUCUGCUACAAAUACGGGGGCAUCUAUGUGGAUGCUGACACCUUGUUUCUGCGAGAUUGGGAAGAGCUUUGGAACUGGAAGGGAGCUUACGCGUACCGAUGGAGCUGGCACGAUAAGUAUAACACGGCGGUUCUUCGUCUCCGCAAGGGAUCAGCAUUAGCCCAUUUCCUCAUCCGGACUGCGGUCAAGAAUGGAUUCGACUUCCACCCCUUUGAAAUCACCAAAUAUCUCAAAGAGGGUCAACUUGUCCACCUAUUGACCAGACUCCCUGACGCGAUGUUUGAUGGUGCAUGGCUUAAUAUGGAAGGCUAUCAGCGCGAGAGGCCACCUCAGCCCUUCUUCACGCUGUUCGAAGACUUCUUCGUAACUCCCGUGGUCGACAGUGGGGCUCCGGCAGCUCUGGGUUUCCGGGGUUUCUUUUCUGGUGCAUAUUCCUACCACUUCCAUAAUAACUGGUGGAAUAAGGUCGAUCCUGCACGAAAUUGGCCGGAUUUGGGACCGAAUUUCCAGGGGCAAAGUACGAUGGACGAGAACCUCGGAGAUCGACGAGACUUGGACUGGUCAACUGUGUUAAAACGGACGUUCGAGAGUUAUCUUCGCGGCGAACGACCGAAUAUGUAUGGCGAGUUUUUGGUCAUAUAG